AUGCCAGCCAUCAACCAAUACGCCGUUCCAGCCACCUAUUACCGCGGCGGCACCAGCAAGGCCAUCUUCUUUCACGAACAUGUCCUCCCUCCCCCUAGCUCUCAACGCGACCGUCUCCUCAAGCGGGCCAUAGGCUCGCCGGACCCCCUGCAGCUCGACGGUAUGGGGGGGUCCAAAGCCGUGACGUCGAAGAUCGCCAUCGUCAAACGCUCCACCCGGCCCGAUGCCGAUGUUGAUUACACAUUCGCCCAGGUUGGUGUCGCGGAUGAUUUUAUCGGGUACACCUCAAACUGUGGCAAUAUUUCUGCCGCCGUGGGGCCGUUUGCGAUCGACGAGGGGUUGGUCAAGUUUCGACCGGGCCGGACCGUCGAUCCGAAGGUCAAGACACAGGAGGUGCGGAUCUACAACACUGGGACGCGAAAGGUGCUGAGUGCACAUGUUCCCAUCACAGAUAAUGGCGGCUUCGAGACAGAAGGGACGCAAGCGAUCGCGGGUGUGCCAGGAACUGGAAGUCCGAUAUUGAUGGAUUAUCGAUUUACGAUCGGAGCCACUCUGUCAAGAGGUCUACUGCCGACUGGAAAUGUAACCGACACUGUCACCGUCGGCGGCAACGAGAUCGAAAUCACCAUCUGCGACGUGGCCAAUCUGUGCGUCUUCGCCAACGCCAGGGACUUUAACAUCACCAGCCACGAGAGCGCCGCAGAGCUAACCGCCAACUCCGAAUGGCAAGCCAAGACACAAGAGCUUCUCGGAAAAGCAGCAGUGCUCGCUGGAUUGACGGACAACUGGAAG